UUUAACCAGUCUUUGAUAUUUAUCGCACCAAUUUUAUAUGUCUUACAAUAUUAGGCCUUUAGAUAUGUAUAUCCGUUUUAUUUGCCGGUAAAAAACUACCUAUAGCUGAAAAUGUGGGAUGUUUAUGUAUGCUAAUGUAAAAAUAAUUCGAGAAUGUACCCAUUUGAAUGUUAGACGUGCAUAUGUUCACGUGUAUGCAAUUUGAUCACAAAAAAAUCAGACAUAAUUAAAAAACAAUAAAUACAAAACAUACAUAAGUCAAUAAGUGGAUCAGCGUGGAUAAAAUAUGGAUUUACUGUGUACUGAAAGCAUAGUAACUCAUUCCGAACUAUCAUUAUAUAGCGAGUCUAUAUCUUGUUCAUCAGCAUGCUUCUCUACUAUCAAAAAAUGUAGCACUUCAGGGAGUGCUAUAGUCAAAAGGGACCCUGCUGAGAGUGUCAACGUACCUAUCGCUUGCAAUAUGAGUAAUCUAAUGUAUGUAUUAUCUUCAGUUGCAACUCCUAUAAGUGCAACCAAAUCUACAAAACAACCUCAACAGAGAAAGUCAACCAGUUGUCAAAUACUGUCUAAACUUUGUCCUCAUCGGCAAUGUAAUAUCAACACCAGCUGGAUGUGCACAGCAGUAAAAAAGGGGACAGAUGAGGCAGACGAUAAACAUUUUGCUUAUGAAAAUGCGCAUAUGAUCGUUACUGAUCCUAUUUUUAAAACAGACCGAUGUUUAAAAAAUGCGUUAAAAUCGGAAGAAAAUCAUGAACAGAUCCUUGGAACACAUUUUAAUACUGUGCAAAAGGACAUUACUCCUGCUAUGCGGAAAAUUGUAGCUCAAUGGAUGAUGGAAGUGUGUGUUGAGGAAAAAUGUCAAGAGGAGGUAGUUUUACUAGCAAUUAACUACAUGGAUCGCUUUUUGUCAACAAAAUCGGUGCGAAAAACUCAUCUACAAACUUUAGCAGCAGCCUGUUUAUUACUUGCUUCAAAACUACGGGAGCCCAGCUGUCGAGCGCUAUCGGCCGAACUUCUUGUAUUUUACACGGACAACAGCAUAUGUAAAGGUGAUCUUAUAAAAUGGGAGCUAUACGUGUUGAGCCGUCUUGGCUGGGAUUUAUCAUCAAUGACACCCUUAGAUUUUCUGGAGCUCUUAAUUAUUCAAUUGCCUGUAAGAUGUAAAAUUUUUUCUGGCUUAAACAUCGAAAAAGUACGCAGUCAUGCUCAGACUUUGAUAUCUCUUGCGGCCCAAGAAUACAGAUUUUCAAAGUAUGCAGCAAGCACAAUUGCAGCGUCAAGCAUUGCCACAUCAAUAAAUGCCGUUAAAUGGCAUAUUUUUACGGAUGAUAAUAUACAUUUUCUAUUCAGUUUUUUUACUGAUUUAACAAGUAUAAAACAGGAUCAGCUGCAGCAGUGCAUACUAUAUAUGAACGCCAUAUGUAAAGAGCACAGUCACAAGCUCCAACCGUUCAUUCUCGACGAUGAAAAACCGGAACCAAUAAGUGGAUAUUAUAAAAGUCCUUACUAUGAACCCGAUUACUGUCAUCAAAAGCAUAUUAUGUCCAUCUAUCAGAAUAGCAAAUUGCAGACGCAACCACAAUAGGAUUUGCAAGAAAUAAAAUUUAAAAAAC